CCCUGCCACCCUGGAACCGAGGACGUUAAAUAAGCAUGCACCUGCCCUCUCUGACUUCCAGAACAAACAGAGCUCUCAGAUCUCAUUGUCACGGCCUGCCCCGUAGAGCGCGUGCAGAGCCUCUGAGCCCACUCUCUGGUAGCCCCACUGCCAUCUCCUCCACCACAAUCACGCAGUCCACCGACCCGGAAACUCCAGCUCUCCCGACUCCUGAGAAGCAGCCCUGCCCAGAGGCCAACCGAAGGCACAUCUCCUCCAAAACUUGAAGACAGACCGCACAGAAGCUUCAUUAAUUUUGCACAAGAUUCGUCUAAUAGCGGCUGAGCAGAGAGGAGACAAAGCCACCGGACGUUGCCUGUGCCAGCAGCCCGCCAAGGGUUAACCCAUUAGCCCAUAUCCUGGUGAGCUCAUCCCCACUGGAGCCUGCUCAGUGGCUGGGAUUCACUGCUCACCAGCUCCUGGAGGGGGCCGGGGAGGCUUUCUCCAGGGCUGGGAUGAACAACUUGAACAGAAACUCAUUGCCGGGUGCCUCCCCCACCGUGCAAGCUGCCUCUGAUUCCCAGGUUCACCGUCCUCUCCUGGGACCCUGAGGACAGGAGCCAUCUUGGCGCCAGCCUGCAGCCUGCCCAACCCCAAUUGUGUGACUAAGUCUGCCUCCUGAUGCUCCAAACAUGGUCUCCAGGUUAGAGGGACCCAUCCUCCCUUCUCAGAUGGCUGCUCUGAGGGCUGAGCCCCACAUUCAAAUCUCUGGUGAGUCCAGAAGCCCCGGCAUCUCCGGCCUUCCUUCCACUGUCUCCUCUGCCAGCCCAACUUUGGGGCCUCAGUCCUGGUCCACCUCUGAGAUGUCAAGGACAUUAAAGCACAAAGCCAGGCAUCGCCCUCCGCUGAGAGCCAGGCUGCAGACGGAUGCUGAGAACAGGAAGGGCGUGUGAGGACCGCUUUGGCUUCACCCCUGCUUCUAACUGUUGCGGGUACCGGGUGCCCAGUCCCGAGGAGCCGUGACAAUGGAGGCUCUCCCCAGGGCCCUGGAGGUCGAGGAGAAGUCUCCGGAAUCCAAGGACCUGCUGCCCAGCCAGACCGCCAGCUCCCUGUGCAUCAGCUCCAGAAGUGAGUCUGUCUGGACCGCCACCCCCAGGAGUAACUGGGAAAUCUACCGUAAGCCCAUCGUCAUCAUGUCGGUGGGGGGCGCCAUCCUGCUCUUCGGCGUGGUCAUCACCUGCCUGGCCUACACCCUGCACCUGGGCAACAACAGCCUUAAGGUCCUUAAGAUGAUAGGGCCCGCCUUCCUGUCGCUGGGACUCAUGAUGCUGGUGUGCGGGCUCGUGUGGGUGCCCAUCAUCAAAAAGAAACAGAAGCAGAGACAGAAGUCCGUUUUCUUCCAGAGCCUCAAGUCCUUCUUCCUGAAUCGCUGAUGGCGGCCAACAGCUCUGUUCUCCCUGUCGCCCGGCCCCCUCCACCGGGAGGAGAUCUGACAAGGACAUCAACAUCCCCAUCUUCUUGGGGGUGGGGCUAGCCAUAAAGCAGACCAGCGAAGCCUCUUCCUGGCCCUGUGGGGAAGAGCUCAGGGCUCCGAGUGCAGCUGGAGGGGGCUGCUGGCUGUGUCUCAUUUAGGCUCUCUGUAACUGCCCUGCCUCCCCUUAGACGCUGGCCGCAGGCAUCCCCUUUCAAGGCUCACUCCCUGCUCCUGCAUCCAGGUACCAGCCAUCUAACUCUCUCCGCAGAGCGCUAUGCAUGUUGGGAAAUUCCUCCGGCCAGGCCGUGCCCCAAGGAGAGCCUCCUGUUUCUGCAUCUGAGUGCCUGAGCUGGAUUCGCCCAUUUGCACCCGAACUGACUGGUAGAGGUCCCUCACAGAAGAGCCAGACACUGGUCUGGCUCCCUGUGUUCACCAGCCCCAGCUCUCUCUGUGGGCAAGAUACUGAUUGGCAUUUCAAGAGACGAGAAGAGUCACAUGUAUAAAACACGGCAAAGAGUGAACAGUAAGGGUGGCCAGGGAGAAACGCUGUGGAAGAAGGCGCGUCCCCCCUCCCCUGACCCCAGAAAAGGCGCUGGGAGUCAGCCAGCUGAGGAAAUUUAACUCCGGGUUAUAGAGUUUUUACAUCAGAGGCCGUGUGGGCUGGACUGGGGGUGCCACAGUUUGACCUUCUAGCUCCCCUGUGAACUUGACAAUUAGCCAAGCAAAAGUGCAUGUUGCCCUGACUCCCCCUUUCCCCCUGUCUACCCGGCCCCACCCCCAAUUCUAGAACAGCAAGACAGAGACCGCAGAGGGAUUCUGUAAGAUUGUUCUGUCCUUCACCUCCAUCGAGGACCAAAGACCAUGCACCGCACCUGAACGGUCUGUGGGUUUCCAGAGAGAGAGGAUUUGCUUUAGAAAAAUCCCAAUGUCUGGCCUCCCUGCCUAUAGCCACCGAAGGAGCGAACAUUUACUGGGCGCCCUUCUCCGGGGCCAGGCCCUGGGAUGACAGACAACCGGCCAGACAACUUCAUUCUAAAGCGAGACAUAUGGCCAGGCCGAGGUGCGGCUGCAACACCCGUGCUGGGCGCGCUAUGGGGGAAGCGUGGCAGGUGCAGGAACACAGAGGGGCAUCUCGCCCAGACAGGGGAGAGGACGGAGGGAUUGCGGGACGGAGGGAUUGUGCCAUUGGAAUAGAGGACAACAGGAAAGAUUAGAGCUAGCAAAGGGGGCGGGGGGCAGGGGGAGGCAAUUUGGGGGGCAAAAGUCCAGGUGGGGGACAGGGGAGGGGAGGGAGCUUAACGAAAUUAGGCAACUGCACGGCAACUUCCUGCCUCUUGGCCUGCUUCCCACCUGCUUCCCAUCUGCCUUAGUGCAGCCUCUCCAGGGGCCACGAUGAGGCCACAGACUGGAAGGGGGUUUCCAGGGGGCCCACCAAGCAGAGAGCACCGUGAGGUAAGCGCUCCCUAAAUCUGGGGCUUAGGGUGAGCAGAGGCUCUUAGGUGACAGACCAGGAGGCUGCCCUGGGCCGGGCCAGAGGUCCAGUGGAGAGCACGGAUAACGAGGUGUGAAGGGAGGGCAGCCUCUCUAGGGUUUCUGGGCCCCCGCUCCCUUGUCACCGUGGCAACCCCCCCCCAACAAGCCUCCAGUAUUUCCAUCCUCUGUGGUAGUUCCAGAUGCAGAGUCAGAACCUCACCUAGUUCCUUCUGCAUCAUGGGAAACUCCAUGGAGACAGGUACCUGUCCCAGGGGGCCACCCCUGCCCCACCCACCUGAGAAGCCAGAACUUGGGGGGGUCUGUGGCCUUUGGGGCUUCACCCAAAAUGACCAUGUGUCUCAUUCGGACAGCGUAGCCAGGUCCUCUAGCUGAACUGCCCCCUGCAUAAGGCGGUCAAGUCCCGUCUGGGGUGCACUGCAAGUGCUUUGUCCUCAACUGUCGUCCUAGUGCCUCGAGUGACAGGGCUUACAGACCAUCUACCCGCCUUUCUCUGGCCUGAAUGCAGAUUCCGCAGCAGCCCUAUACUAUCACUCUCGCCUCCCCUGAUGCUUUCUUACGUGAGAGUAAACAGGACGGGCUCUCAGCUCGCUCACUGGGAAUCCACACUCCCUGUGUCUCCCUACGUCCGCCCCAAAGCUCGUGGUCUGGGCGCAGCUGUGGUAGAGAGGCCCAUGCGGAGGCUACUGUUGUGUACGUCUUGCUGGGAGUCUGGGGGCAGCCAUGACUCUAGGAAGUAUCCAAGGUCUGGACUCACCUGGAAGUUUCCAGCAAUGCUUGCCCACGCGCCCUGCCCCUUAAGCUAGCAUCUCAGCAAGAAUAAUGAGGAAACAUCCCCCGAGCAUCACUCAUCACCACUGGGAUCCCCGCACAUGGGCGUGGACCAGGGAACAUGCCAGCAUCACGCUGAGGGGCUUUUGCCAAAGGCCAUCGCCGCAUGGGACGCUGGGGCGUCUGCGCAGCUGGUCUGGAAUGUGGCCCAGGCCAGGCGCCGCAUUUCUCGGGGAAAGCAUCUCCACCGAGACUCUUCCGGUGCCCGUGGAUCGGAGGACGGGACCGGCAUCCACGUGUCUCUGCUCCGCGGACUGUACCCUUCCACCCACAGCUGUUCUGUUCGGGAGAUUUUGUUUUAAUCUGAGUCCUUAAAGGAACUGAUGUAAUGUUGAAUCGUGCGCUCUU